UUCCGGACUUAUUCCGCCAAAUUUAAACAAGAGACUUCUCCGCAGCGGCAGCUGUUCACCCUGUUCUCCUUUAUUCAGCUGCUUUUAGGCGCAGUUAUCAGAUCUUUGAAGAUGCCUGCUAUACCGAAGAGACCUUGCCCCGACCCAAUGAAUGACUCCAUGGAGAAGAGAAUGACGCGCAUUUCAGUCGAAGGAAACAUUGCGGCUGGAAAGUCAACUUUUGUGCGCCUUUUGGAGCAGGAGAGCACCGACUGGGAGGUAGUACCAGAACCGAUCGCUAGAUGGUGCAAUGUCCAAACAACAAGCAGCGACUUUGAGGAGCUGACCACGUCUCAGAGGAGCGGCGGCAACGUGUUGAAGAUGAUGUACGAGAAGCCCGAGAGGUGGGCUUAUACCUUCCAGAGCUACGCCUGCAUCAGCCGAGUGCGCGCCCAGAUCAAAUCUGCAAACGGGAAGCUCCGAGAGGCUGAGAAUCCUGUGUUGUUCUACGAGAGAUCCAUCUACAGCGACAGGUACAUCUUUGCAGGCAACCUAUACGAGAGUGAAUGCAUGAAUGAGACUGAAUGGUCCAUCUACCAGGACUUGCAUGGCUGGCUUCACAACCAGUUUGGCAAGCACAUUGAGCUAGAUGGUAUCAUUUACCUCAGAGCUUCACCAGAGAAAUGCUUGGAGCGAUUACACAUGAGGGGAAGAGAGGAGGAACAGGAAAUCCCUCUGGAAUACCUGGAGAAGCUCCACUACAAGCAUGAGAGCUGGCUGCAGAAUAAGACCAUGAACAUGGAUUUUGAGUAUCUCAGCGACGUUCCCGUUCUGACCUUGGAUGUAAACGACGAUUUUAAGCAAAACGAUUCAAAGAGUGCCGACAUGAUUGAGAAGGUGAAGGAGUUCUUGAGCACAUUGUGACGGCCAAAGGGAACAACGUCCUGGAAUAUUGGGAACAAUGAAUUACCCCAACUACCAUCACUUUUCUCAUUCAUUUGAUGCUUUAAAUAACAGAAAAUGUGCACUUUUUUUAUUAUAAUUUUGCUGUAUUUUUUUUAUUUGUUCUUUUUACUCAUGUAUUUAUAAAUGGAAAUGAGUGCAUAGCUUUCCAACAUUUAGUAAAGGCUAAUACUUGAAAUACUAAAGUGUGUAUGUGUGCUCAUCUGCACAGGUUGGUUUAAUAUUCGGCGUCUGUGUUGAUUUUACAAAUAAAAUUAUAAGUUUUAUUUUAAAAUUUUAGAGAAUACUCAAAGUCAGAGCUAUCUUUAAAAACAAGUGUUUUUGAUCAAGAGACGAUCAUGUAGCUCCGAUCAAAAAUAACUGAAAUGGACUCCAACUUCAGCGAAAUCACGCUACCUGUUUUUAUUUUCUUUGCACCCUCAGGCUCUGCCAGCCCCGGACAGAAAACCAUAGUAAAUAUAAAAACAAGAAUUUGAUUGCAUUAAUAUAAAUGUGAUUACAUUUGAAUUUACUGAGAUGCACCUGUAUUUCUUCCAGAAGGUGUCGCCAGUCCCCAUUACAACCUGUAGACUAUUUUGGACAUCUCUCUGCCUUUACUUGGUUCUACCAGUAGGGACUCAACAAAACCACCUGAAUUAAUAGCUUUGGUUUUCUUUAAUUGUGUGUUUUUUUUUUUAUUUUUAAUUCAUACUUAAGGUGAAACUAAAAGCUUUUGCCAUUUUUAUUUGAUGAAAUUCUAUUGAAUUUAAAACGUCUUUUAAAUAAACAGCU